AUGGUGGGAAGUGGGUUAAUGCCCAAUGAGGUUACUAUUUCAAGCAUUUUGCCAGCUUUUGCGAAUCUGGGUUUGGAUUUGAUGGGGAAAUCGGUUCAUUGUUUCUGGGUUCGUCGUGGAUUUGAGCAUAAUGUUGUUGUUGAGACGUCUUUGGUUGAUAUGUAUUGCCGUUUCAGGCGCAUUAUUGUUGCCCGGAAUCUGUUUGACGAAAUGCCUGUGAGAAAUCUUGUUUCUUGGAAUGUUAUUAUUUCAGGGUAUGCUAACAAUGGAAUGGGUGAUGAUGCACUAUUAUUUUACCGUCAUGAGCUUGAUUUGGCUUGUUCUGAGUCUAGUCAAAGAAGAACUAGUAGUACGAUUCAUGGUUUGAUUAUUAGAAUAGGAUACAACAAAGAACAACAAAUUCAAACCGCUCUUAUUGAUAUGUAUACGAGUGGUAACUUCAUUGAUGAAGCUUAUGGUGUCUUUAAUGAAAUGGUUGUCAAAGAUAUGGUUGCAUGGACUUUGAUGUUGAAAGCAUUUUCUUCUGGUCAGUAUUGGAGCAAGGCCGUUCAACAUUUGCGUGAAUUGAUGCGUGUAUAUUAUAUGUCUCUUGAUUCUACUGCUCUUGUAAGCAUGAUAUCAUGCUGUAAACGUUCAGGAGCUUUACCUCAAGGCAGACUGAUUCAUGCAUUGGUAGUUAAACGAGGGUUCAACAAGGACGUGUUUGUUGGUUCUGCACUCAUCAGCAUGUAUGCAAGUUGUGGUGAUUCAGGUAGCGCGAAGAAGUACUUUAGCAGAAUGGAGAUGAAGGAUAUUACGUGCUGGAAUGCAAUGAUAAGAGCUGUGGGAGUGAACGGGAAUGGUAGUGAUGCAGUUCGUCUCCUUUGGAGAAUGGACGACUUGGGCGUUAAUCCAAAUGAAUCAACUUUUGUAUCUGUCUUGUCUGCUUGCAGUCAUGCUGGUAUGGUUGAUGAAGGUAUUCAGAUUUUCCACUUUAUGGUUAAGAGAAGGGGCAUUGUUCCUAAUAAGCAGCAUUAUGCUUGUGUAGUAGACUUGCUUGGACGUUCAGGGAGACUAGAUGAGGCCCAUUUGGUGAUGGCUAAGAUGCCUUUGCUGCCACAUUCUGGGGUUUAUGGUGCUUUACUGAGUGCGUGUAGAGUCUACGGUAACACCAAGGUGGGAGCUGAGAUAUACCAACAACUACUCACACUAGAUCUCACAGUCACAGGUGCUGGGCAUCUAUGCUCUGUUUCAAAUUUGUACUCCUCAGUGGGUGAUUGGGAGGGCACAGAGAUGUCUCAUGCAGUACUAAGAUCUAAGGGAAUGAAGAAAGACCCCGGAUACAGUUUGGUUGAGUAA